UGACCGGAGGAAGAUGGUGCGCUCCGAGACUGCGGCGUGCUCCGAACUGCGUCCAAAACAGUGCGUAAAACCCCGCUUUCCUCAGCCCGGAACCCGACACAGACUCCCCGGAGACACCCACAGAUAACACCGCUCUGUCCCCGUGGAAUAAACCAACCUGACGUGUCCAGGAAACUUCAUUUGAUCAUCUCCCGCAAAGAGCGUUGAAGAGGAGUUUCGGAGUUAGCAGCGCGCUAGCCACAGUCCGCGCUGCUACAGCUUGGACACGGGUGGAUCGGCGUGGGCUUUUCGCAACUUUCUUCGGACAUUUUGGAGCUGGAAUCACGGAGACCGAGAGGUUACUCGUUGUUGUCACCCUCGCAGCAGCUGUCACCCGUAAAAGGACAAAAUCGGACAGUGAAAACGGUGUAUUUUUGGAUAGGUAACCUCCGCAAGUGACAAGAUGCCGAGGAGUAAAAAGGGCAAACGUGGUUCGGGCAAGCCUGGUCUUAAAAACGGAGCGAAAGUCGAGUCUGGCGCCAGUGACGACGAGCUGACCUCUGACAUCUUGAGCCACUACAGCAGCGCCAGCGAAGGAGCCUCGGUCAUAGACGAGCCCACAGGAAAUGAGACUGUAGAUGAACAAACCGCUCAGGAGGAGACGGAAGACAAACUCAAACAAUGCAUAGACAACCUGAUGGACAAGAGCGCUAAAACCCGCCUGGCAGCUCUGGAGUCUCUGAAACAGGCCUUCUCCUCCAGAUUACUCUACGAGUUUUUGACCGAGCGAAGACUCACUGUGAGCGACUGCCUGGAGAGGAGUCUCAGGAAAGGAGGAGGUGAGGAGCAGGCAGCAGCAGCUUCUCUCUUCUCUCUGUUGUGUAUCCAGCUCGGAGGAGGAGACGAGGCCGAGGAGGGAUUCAAGAUCCUCAGACCCGUUCUGACCAGCAUCCUCAUCGACACAGGAGCCAGCCUCAGCGCCAGGCAGAGCUGCGCCAGAGCUUUGGGAAUGUGCUGCUAUGUCUCUACUGCUGAAGACGGAGAGGACCUGAUUCAGUCUCUGUCUCUGCUGGAGGGGGUCUUCAUGGCGUCGUAUCCGAACAGAGAGGGGGUCCUGCCCUCGGUGAAACCAGGGACCCCGGCUCUGCACACGGCGGCUCUCCAGGCCUGGGCUCUGCUCCUCACACUGUGCCCCGCCUCCAAGAUCAACUCACUGCUGGACAGCCACAUCCCCAAACUGCAGUGCUGCCUUCAAAGCCCAGACGUAAACUACAGAAUCGCCGUGGGAGAAACCAUCGCUCUCCUGGUCGAGCUCGGACGAGACAUAGAUGAGGAGUUUGAGGUAGAAGACAGCGAUAGUUUGUGUGAAUCCUUGAAAAGUUUAGCCACAGACGGCAACAAGCACAGAGCCAAAAAUGACCGUCGGAAACAGCGGUCCAUAUUCAGAGAAGUCCUGCACUUUUUAGAGAAUGAGGAGUUCACAGAGGAGAAGAUUCGUUUCGGAGUGGAGAGCGUUUACAUCGACAGCUGGACGAGAAGACGGAUCUAUGACGCCUUUAAAGAAAUACUGGGCUCUGGAGUCAGGCACCACCUACAGUUCAACCCGCUCUUGAGAGACAUCUUUGGCCUUGGAGCUUCUCUCAUUUUAGACCCUGUUGCUGUUAAAAACAACAAGAUUUCACGUUUUGAGAAGCAUCUUUUCAACGCUGCUGCCUUCAAAGCACGGACGAAACUGAGGAACAAAGUGAGGGACAAACGCGCCGACGUCAUGUGACCGGAGCACAUUCGCAAAAAGUUUAGGAAAAUAUAAAUCAAGACGGAACUGAAGCCUACAGAAUGGACUCUGCCUCUUUUGUCUCAUCCAGCAUGGUCGGCUGCCCGUGCUCCAAGUCGGCCAGUUCCUCUCCGAAAACCCCGACGCCUUAGCCAGACUUCACCCUCUGCCUUGAAAAACCAACCACACAUGGACCAAGGUUUUAGCAAAAUGAAUAUUAUGCGCGCUGUCUCAGGUUUACAGUCUCAAAUACUAUUGCUGUACUUUCUAUGGCAAUGUACAGACCUAUGCAUUUUCACUUUAAGUUAGUUUUUCAAAUAAUAUUACAAUAAAACAGGUCACAUAUUUAGGAAUGGAUCGGCCCUGGUUCAUUGGUGAAUCUAAUGGGCGAAAUACUUUAAAAAGACAUUUAAAGGGCCCUUAUUAUGUUAUUUUCUGAUGUAUGUAAUUAUAAUGUUUUUUCCUCAUCAAAAACAGACCUGGAGUUGCGUUUUGUUUCAUUUACCCAUUUACCGUAUUGUCCACACUAUAGGGCGCUCUGGAUUAUAAGGCGCACUGUCAUUGAUUGGUCUAUUUUCUAACUUUUUUCACAAAUAAACUACACCGGACUAUAAGGCGCAUUAAAUGAAAUACAACAGUUCGAUAAGUCAGUCAAACUUUAUUUAAUACGUUCACAAUAACUCUCAACUUUGUUCAACUGUAACGCGUAAAAAAAAAACUGUCUGAGAUGCUAAAUUGUUCGUGUAUUCACAAUAACUCAUAAUUGUUCAAACAGUUGGGGGAUUACGGCGUCCAGCACACCCGCAUCCCUCUCGUCAUUAUCCGAGUCAGUGUGGUUACUGUUCCUUGGCAGUUCAGUGAUGAUUUGGGUCUUGGUGAAAGCUCGGACCACAGUUGAUACUGAUCUUUAGCCCGGGCGUCCACGAUCCGUCGGCAGAUCGUGGCGUAAGUCGCUCGGCGCUGUCUCUCUGUCUUGGUGAAUGUGUGUUCUCCUUCUCUCAUCCACUGCUCCCACGCAGCUCGCACUUUCACUUUAUAACAGCCUUGAGUUUAAAGUGAGCGUUGUGAGCGUGUCUCUCGACAGGUGCAUUUUGAUAUUAAAAGGAAUCACAGUAUGUUUUACUCUGCGAUGCUCCUGACUACAGGAGCCGUAAUGCUGCAAGUGGUGCGGCUUUGUAGUUUACUAAAGUCGUACUAAGACACCCCAAUAAAUUCAUAUAUAUAAGGCGAUCUGGAUUAUAAGGUGCACAGUUGUUUUUUGAUGAAAUUAAAGGUUUUUAAGUGCGCCCUAUAGUGCAGAAAAUACGGUAUACAAGAUUACUCAAACGUGAAUGAAACAAAACACAACUCCAGGUAUGUUUUAUGAAGAGGUAAAACCAUUAUAACAUGGCUUAAAACGCACAAGAGUCAGUUUUGUGUCAUAUAGGACCUUUUAACUUGAGCCAAAAACAUAUUUGAUCAUGCUUUAAAAAACAACUAUUCUUUUACUGGCCCCUUGAGGCUGGAGGUGGUAUUACAAGUUAAAGUAUAAACACCAUUUCUACCUUUACUACUGCUUUUCUUAGUGUUCUGUUAUUUCUUUAAAUCUUCUAAUUUUCACAUCUAGAGCAGUAGGAACCCAAACUAAUUUUAUUCAUGUUUUUGUGACACUACUUUGUACAAAAGUAUAAUUAUUCUUUCUAAACCUUUAAUCCUCAAGAGACAAGGGCCUGUGUAUUAUCAUGGUGGUUGGAAAAUGUUGUUUAAGCGCUCCCUCGAGGAACCAGCUAGGGACUGCAGCUCUCUCUUCAGUCUAUCUCAAACCAGAGCCAUGGUUUAAUCUGCCAAAAAUGAAGUGUGUUGUGAGAGUUUAUUUAACUUUUUAAAUAAAUAAUAUCUAUAGGAGACUCCCAAUGGGUUUGAGAAGCUAUAGUCUUUGUACUCAGAUGAAUUUAUGAGAGAAGAUAUCCAGUUUUAACCAUUGUGUUGGAGAGAAGUGUGUUUUACUCCUAAUUUAUUACAAAUCCGGGUGGUGCUGUGGUGCCGUUUACUCCGUCUGGUUUUCAGACGGACAGGAAAUGUGGAAAUGUGUGCAACUUGAAUCAAUAAAAAAAUGAAAUACACCUUAAA